UCGUGCAUAUCAAUGCGCUACAUAUCGAGGAGGGGGGAAUCUCGUCCUGCUCGAGCCAUAUUAGGACACACUUCCUGUCGAUUAACUUGGACUACGUCACACAGAGAGGAUCUGAGGUGCAACAUGUGUCACCUUCACAACUUGCGACAGUCUCAUCGAGCCGAUCCUAAUUUAUGCAAAAUCACAGCUGUAGUUUUGGUCCUGAGGCAUAUUUAUCGCAUUGAAGAAAGGAUGUGAAGAACAGAAUUUUGGGUGAUACUUAAAGCUACAUUGUCUUCCAUUCGUAUUACAUUUUAUGGCGCUAAUGUCCUUAAGUCAUUUUUUCAGCCAGCCAGCUUUUAUGAAUAUUUACACUGAUAGGCUACCAAUAAUUCCUCUCGCUAUCGCGUGCCGUAAAUUGUAGUUAUCCACUACAGUCCUUCACAUGUGUAUCGAUUUGUGCUGCAGUGGGAGCUUCGGUGGAGGAAUAAAUCGUGUUCAGCUUUGUCAUAUCCCUUAUAGUGUUUUUAAAGCACGCCGACACAGAAACGGCACACACCGUGGAGAUGCACACAUGUAGCUUACCUAAGCAAUGUGUUAUAGUGCCUAUAAGAUGUGGGAGAACAUGAGCCACGUCUGUGUGUCAGGACGAGGAGGAGGAGGAGGAGGAGGGAGAAGAGGUGAGGAUGGUGAUGGUGGUAGAAUCCACUGCACAAAGAUGAGAAGUGUGUCGUGAUUCUCGACUCAAAAGACCUGAUUUUAAGGGCCUGGGCCAUGACUCACAGCAUCUACAUCACCAAACACUCUGAAGGUUAGAGAACGUUUCGUGCUGGUGCAUUUGCAGUUUUAAGUGCAGGGGUGUAGCUGACAGUUACAGAGCAUAUUCCUAGCAGGGUAACCUGAAGCCUCCAUGCUAGGAAUAUGGUCUUCACUUUAAAACUCCACAAACUGAGGACACAGAUAGUGAUUAAUCAACUUUAGUGCCAAGAGGCUCUGAGAUUUGAAACUGUUUUGGUUAUGAAUAGAAUAGGCAUGAUUAAUGCUUAAUGCAAUGACAGCAAUAUUUUUGAAGGCACUAAUUUGCAGUGAGGCUGUAAACAUACAGAUUUAUUUUUUUAAAUAGGAAGUACACAUCACAAUUUUAAACACCAUGUAUUCAACAGAUAUAUAGUAUAGGCUCAUCUCUAAAUUGUUAGAUAUGACAAAUAACUGUGGUAUUGGAUAUGGUAAAAAAAACAUUUUUUAUUAGGAAUAAAGGGUGGAUUAAGAUGUGAACAUUUCUCUAAACUAAUUUUCAGUAUAUUAUGGGUGAUGUGAAUUAUCUUUGGCAAAAAAUGCGUAUUUGUGUGGUAAUAAAUAAAAAUAAACCAACAUAUAAAAAAGACAGUCAUUAAUUUACACAUUUCAUCAAUGGUAACUUCAAACAUAACACCAGAAAAUAACCCCACUUGUGUCUUAAGUGAUUUUAAAUAAUACAUAAACUCAUACUAAAAAGUCACAGACUUGUCAAACUGAUCAGGGAGCUGUCAGAUUAGGAGUCAUUUAAAAUUAAUGAGCUUUAACUGUCGCAACUGCUUUCCAUUAUUUUUUUCUCAGUUUAUGUAUUCAUUUUCCCCAUUUGUUCUGUAUAUCAGAGAGCCUUUAAUGCAGUUACGAGCUCACAGAGAAAGCCUUUGUACAGACCCAUCUUUUUAUUUUGCUGAAUACAAUUAUGCGUGAAAAACAUUUGCACUGUAAUUCAAAUGUGUUUUAUUUCAAUUUAGAUUAAAGAACAAACACUUCUCUCAUUUUAGGAUCAUGCAAGAUUUCACUCUUUACAUUUUUACUCACAUUUGAACCACUGAGCUGUUGAAGUACUACAGUUAUUAUUUUACACAUUCUCCAUACAAGGACCUGAAAACCUGGUUUGACAUGUCAAUCAGAAGUGAAUCAAUCAUGUCUUAGAGAACUGACAAGUGACCGGGCAGCACCUCAUCGCAAAGAGAACCAUUUGAAAUUAUAAUAGACUGCUGACGUACAGGCUGUCUAACACCUCAUCACAUUGCCAAAUGUCAAUGUAUGUUCACACUUAUAUAUAGAGCUGUCUCCGUUAGAUUGGAUAACUCAUGACACACAUUAACAACUAUAUGAGACACUUCCCUUGUUAUAAUAAGCACAGUGAUUGUGUUGAACUAUUUAACUUUCUUUUUCAAGCAGAUCCUUUAAAAAAUGUACCAGUUCGAUUCUAUGCAGGGAAAAUACAUAAAGUCAUCCCUGAACAUUGUUUAGUAUAUUUUAUUUGCUUGUGGUUGCUUUUUUUAAUUAAGGUGUUGCAGAACAAUACUUCCUGUUAGUCACUGUUUUGUCUCGGAAGUGUUCACUUGUUGUCUUUCACAUCGUUUUGUAAAUUAUAUAUUGGAUUGUCAUGUCUCUCACCUGUCUUGUAUUGUUCUGCAACACAUUUGUUUGUGAUUGCUGAAAGCCACUCCAGGCAUCUUGUUACAGCUUAUGGCUUUGGAGUGACCACAAGUUGAAAUUAGCUUGAUGAUAGAGGGAUCUUUCCCUCUCAGGUUUUUGGAUUUUGAGGACUUUUAGAGGCCCGGAAAGGUGAUAGAAUCAAAUACACAAAAUAAGUGUUGUGAAACAGGGAUAUAUUUUUAGACAUGUUAGCAGUUUUGCCCUGAGGAUUGUGUUGUCUGUCAGCCUGUCAGUCCGCAUCCUCUGUCCACUCUGACAUAUCUCAACAUCUACUGGAUUAAUAACAAAAGUGUAAGUAUGUCACAACAUUCAUAAUGACCAUAAUAGAAAUAGAAAUAAAGUAAAGUGUAAUUUCCCCUCAGAUUGUGCAGAUCUAAGGAUUUUUAGAGGCAUAUUAAGGUGAGAGUAUCCUGUAUAAAAAAAACACAUGUUGUGUAACAGGGAUAUAUUUUUAGCUGUGUUAGCAGUUAAGCUCUGUGCAUGGCAUCUGAUGCUCUGUCGGUCUGUCAGUCUCCUUGCUCAACUCUGAAAUAUAUAUCACAAUCUAUAAGAUGGAUUACAAUGAAACAUGGUCGCACCAUUGGUUUGAGGAUGUAUUUCUCUAUUUCACAUGACUUAGCAGCAAAACUGACGCAGCCCCAUGGCCUCAGCUUUGUGUUCAGACAGUUGACGUUAUAUUACUAUGGACAGUGCUCCUCAAUCUCCUCCCAUUGUGGAAGUGAAGCCAAAAUUCAGAUACAAAACAAUUUGAAGCAGACACUCAUUGUAAUUGAGAGUUCAACGACUCGUGUGUUUGUGUUCGUUAUUUUUUCUCUUGCCGUUCUCUCUGUACUAUACAGAACUCUGCAGGCGCCCGCAUUUGUCGACAGAGCUAUCAAUCAAUCAUCUUUUUAUAAUCAAAUAACCAAAUAAAACUGCACUUCUCCGAAAAAUGAACACUUGGAUGUAAAUCACCAUGAAAAGAAGUAACUGCUAUGACAGAUAGCAUGUUUGAGAAAAAUGUAUUUGACGUGUAUUCUAAUUUUCUAGAUUGAGUCAUGGCCCAGACGUUAACUUGGAGGAGUCAGGCUUUAAGAACUGUAAAAGUUCUGGCUUCACUUAUCCUGUACAUUGUUUUAUGCAGUCUUUGGUCCAGAAGUGAUUAGCAAAUAUUAGCAUGUUCACUUAUUAAAGUAACAGUGUUAACAUGUGACCAAUACGAAUUUUAGCCUACUGAUGUUAACUUGUAGCUCAUAGGGAACAGUUGUCACCCCAUCCAAACUGGUGUGUAUUUCAGCAGGGUGAAGGUGGGUCAGAUAGUUGCUAGGACACCGAGUUUUGGUGUCGCUCAUGUUACACAGAUCUCUGUCUCUGCUGUCUUUUCCUCUGUGUCCCACCACAGAACCAUUUCUCAGUUUGAACUAUCUUAAUCUUGACUACCGAAUACCCUUUUGUGGUCAAAAUUUUUUUUACCCACAUUUUCCUCCAAGCAGCUUGACUGUUGCUGUCAGGAUGAAGACGCUGGUGUUGAAGGUCCUCUGCUCCACACUGCUGCUUCUAGCUGUGGUGCCCAUUGUGUGCUCACAGUCAGAUUGUUCUCAGGCUGAGUCAUGUGACCUGUGUGUUGGAGACUCCAUGCUCAACCUGACAGGCUGUGUCUGGAGGCUUUGUCCAACUGGUAAUGAUACAGGGAUGUGUGUGACUGAUCAGGGAGACUCAGCAGACAUCGCCAUGAACUGCAGCUGGACUAGAGUGUCUGAAUUGUGCACAGUUGUAGAGACAGUGGCUGAUGGUGGAGGUGGAGGUGACUCAGGUGAUGGAAGUAGCCCCAACCCUUCCCCAGAGUUCUCCCAGGCCAAGUUUGACAUGUCCAGUUUCAUUGGGGGUAUCAUACUGGUGCUGUGUGUUCAGGCAGGUGGCUUCGCUGCCAUGCGCUUCCUCAAAUCCAAAGAGCAGAGCAGCUAUGAUCCCAUAGAUCAGCCAGCACAGUAAGGACGAGAAGUAUGAAGGACGAACAGCCGAGCCUGGAAGACAGCCGAGCAGUGACUCAUCGAUUUGUGACGACAAGAGUGUUUUUUUUUCCAUGAGCCCCUGUCAUUCCCAAUAAUGUGUACCCCUGGGGGAUGGGUGUGUUAUUAAGUGGACUUUGUUCUUCCAGAAUACUGCAUUGUGUAGUGAGUGUCUGUGCACGUGUUUAUUGUGUUUGUAUAGUAAUGAUGUUGCAGAGAUACUUUGACUGUCGCUAUUCACACAAUCUGACAAAUGAGACACAAAACAGCUUUGAUUCCUCUGCUUUGUGACACUUAUAUUACAUGUCUAUUGGUGAAACCUCUUACAAUAUGCAUCUUCUGCAUCCGUAUUAAACAAGCAGUGUAAACUGUGUAAAUAGCACAAGGCUGAUGUGGGAAAGGGGGAUGUAAUUCCAGGAAAGGAUGUUGGCAUCCAAGAUCGAAACGGGCAUUUCAAAUUUUUCCAAAAAUAGACUGAAAUGAUUACCUGAAAGAUUUUAUCCAUUAUUAAAGAAAAUGUCUGUGUUAAGUGUGGACCUGCAUAACUUCAAGUGUUUGAUUGAGAUUAAACAUUGUGUAUGUCACAUAUAUGUUUUCUAAUCUGUUAACUUGCAGUGAGUUUCAUAGUUUGAAUAAGGAGCUUAAAGAGCCAUACAAACAACUGGUGAUCUGUUUUUGGGGAAAUCAAAAAAGUGCACUUUACAAUCUGCAUAAUGGUGAUUAAUUCCAUUAAUGCUGGAGCACCACCCCUCUGAUUUUCAUGUGUUUUUGUCAUGUGUUGUCAAAAGUUGAGUCAUUUUUGAAAAUUCUGUUUCAUAGUUGACAUUUCUGAUCUCACUGCUCAUGUUCAUACCAUCAAUAUUAGCUUCAGUCCAUCAAUAACAGCUAAAAAGAUGUGUGUUCGUACCCUGUUUAAUCACGCUAGUGUUGGUUAAGUAGAUCAUUGUAUAGGUCUGGUUUUUAAGGGUGUGUCACUGGAAUGCAAAAUGCUUUGAAAGGGCUGAAUAAACCAAGGAUAAGCACCUGUUUCUUUA